UGCGGUAGGUCUAGGUUCCCAUGUUUAUAUGUAACUUAUAAAAGCUUUUUGUUCUUAAGCAAAUAUCUCUUGUUUUAAUGAACAAAUGGGGGCCCGAACCUGUUUCCUCAGAUGUGAGGUGUUUGGGGAACAUGGAGAGUGGUGAAGAUGCAGCAUCUAAUCCUGGGGACUCAUGGGGAAGGAAAGUGGAGGCAGUUACAUAACAGGAUUGCUCUUCUGUACUUCUUGGCUCUUGCCUGUAGCACAGAUCCAGCAGGAGCUGCACUACUGCUGUCUUAGUUCUUCAUAGUUGUCUUGUGCCAGCCAUGGUUGCAUACCAUAAAAUAUCUGUGGGGUCAGCAGAGAGCUGGGUUUGGAAAGAGUGGCAAGUCCCUGGCUGUGGCCCCCUCUUUUUCCCCAAACCUGCUAAAGCCUGACACUUAUGGUAUAUUUACGGGGUGUUCCAAUUUCUCCAUAGCUUACACCUGUCAGGCCUAUUAUCCUCUGAGUAUGCUUGUUGAACUCCUAAUGUUAAUUGGGCACACAUCACUAUAGCAGACCAUUCAGGUUACAUGCUGCUACGGUAAAAUAUAAUUGAAAUUUGGGGGUUUGAAAUGUAGUUAUGUUCUGAAAAGUGACUAUUAAAGCACUUUUACUCAACAGUUCUGAUUCCUAUACUUAUGACACCAUAUCUUAUUUUUACUCCUGCAUUGCAGAGCCAACACAGUUAUGAGAGAGUGAGCAGAUUCUAUUCUAGUUUGUGCAUCAACAGAGCUGAUAACGAGCUAGGGGAAAAAACACAACUUGAUUCUUUUAGGACUACGCUGAUAUUUGCAGACCUGAUGGGGUUGGUACAGUAGGCCUCACUAGACUUAGCUGCAGCUAAGAAUUUCUCCUACAUCAACAGAGUUAAUGCUGAUGCUCUUGUGGAAAAGCGAUUAAAAGUGCGUGCUAAGUGCUCAAAUUUCCAUUUAAGAAGCGGAGAAAAUAAAUCUGUCUUCUCAAAGUGUACUACAACCACCACCAUCAAGACAGCAAACCAAGGGACAAAGAAUUUGAUCUGCAGUAUUGAUAAAUGUAAACUGGUUCACAUAUUACUCUAAAGACUUCUUAGGGGGUGAAAAUUGGACAUCGGCAGUCGCAAGUCAUUUUGUUUAUAAAAAUGAGGGCUUCUUUGGAAACAGCAGACAUUGCCAUUGUGACACUGUACUUUGUACUUGUACUGUGCAUAGGCUUUUUUGCCAUGUGGAAAUACAAUCGAAGCACCGUAAGUGGCUACUUCUUGGCAGGCCGUUCUAUGACAUGGGUAGCUAUUGGUGCAUCCUUAUUUGUGAGCAAUAUUGGGAGCGAACAUUUCAUUGGGCUCGCAGGAUCUGGAGCAGCAAGUGGAUUUGCAGUAGGUGCAUGGGAGUUCAACGCCUUAAUGCUUUUACAGCUUUUAGGAUGGGUCUUCAUCCCAGUCUACAUACGGUCAGCAGUAUAUACCAUGCCUGAAUACUUGUCCAAACGUUUUGGAGGACAUAGAAUUCAAAUAUAUUUUGCAGCAUUGUCUUUGAUUCUUUAUAUCUUCACCAAACUUUCUGUUGACUUGUAUUCAGGUGCACUCUUUAUUCAAGAAUCUCUAGGUUGGAACCUUUAUUUGUCAGUUAUCUUGCUUAUUGGAAUGACUGCUUUGUUGACUGUGACUGGAGGUCUUGUGGCUGUCAUCUACACGGACACUCUUCAAGCUCUGCUUAUGAUUAUUGGUGCCCUCACACUCAUGAUCAUAAGUAUGAUGGAGGUUGGUGGGUUUGAAGAAGUUAAAAGAAGGUAUAUGUUGGCAACACCAAAUAUUACGUCAAUCUUGUUGACCUACAAUCUUUCCAAUACCAACUCUUGUCAUGUCCACCCAAAGCCUGAUGCUCUUAAAAUGUUGCGUGAGCCAACUGAUGAAGAUGUUCCCUGGCCUGGAUUUCUGUUUGGGCAGACCCCAGCUUCUGUAUGGUAUUGGUGUGCAGACCAAGUCAUAGUUCAGAGAGUUUUAGCUGCAAAAAAUAUUGCUCAUGCCAAAGGAUCCACGCUAAUGGCAGGUUUUUUAAAGCUGUUGCCUAUGUUUAUUAUAGUUAUCCCAGGGAUGAUUUCACGUAUACUGUUUGCAGAUGACAUUGCCUGUAUCAAUCCCGAACACUGCAUGCAAGUCUGUGGAAGCAGAGCUGGAUGCUCUAACAUUGCCUAUCCACGUUUGGUGAUGAAACUUGUACCAGUUGGUCUGCGGGGACUCAUGAUGGCUGUAAUGAUUGCUGCACUAAUGAGUGACUUGGACUCUAUAUUUAACAGUGCCAGCACUAUAUUUACACUUGAUGUCUACAAACUCAUACGUAAGAGUGCCCCAUCUAGAGAACUAAUGAUUGUAGGAAGAGUGUUCGUUGCUUUCAUGGUAAUUAUAAGCAUUGCUUGGGUUCCAAUAAUUGUGGAAAUGCAAGGAGGCCAGAUGUAUCUCUAUAUACAAGAGGUAGCAGAUUAUUUGACUCCACCAGUGGCUGCUGUGUUUCUGUUGGGUAUAUUCUGGAAGCGUUGCAAUGAACAAGGGGCAUUCUAUGGUGGAAUGGUUGGGUUUGUUCUUGGAUCUACAAGGCUGAUAUUGGCAUUUAUUUAUCGUGCCCCCGAGUGUAACCAGCCUGAUACUAGGCCAGACUUCAUCAAAAAUAUCCACUAUAUGUAUAUUGCUACUGCUCUGUUUUGGAUCACUGGAAUUGUGACUAUUACAGUAAGCCUCUUUACACCACCACCAACAAAGGAACAGAUUCGAACAACCACUUUCUGGUCUCUAAAAAUCAGGUCUGUAAAAGAGAAUGCUUCAAAAGGGGAUCCAUAUAAGGUACAAGAAAAAAACAUCUUGAAAUGUAAUGAAAAUGCCAAUCAUAUCCUGCCAAAUGGCAAAUCUGAAGAAAAUAUUAAAAAUAUUAAGCCUGAGGAUAUAAAUCUUCUAGUUACUUGCAGAGAAGACAGCAACCCAGUGAUUUCUGUAAGUCACUCUGAAGUUGAGACACCAGUUGAUUGUUAUUCCAAUGGACAGGUCUCUCUCAUGGGUGAGAAAAAGCGUGAGGAAGAGACUGAUAAUAGAGAGAAACACUGGAAAUUCAUAGAUUGGUUCUGUGGCUUUAGAGGUAGAAACAUGAAUGAAAGAGCCAUCCAAGAUACAGAAGAAGAGACUCUCUGUUUACAAAUGUUGGAAGAGACUCCAAAAGUUAAACUAUUACUAAAUAUUGGACUGUUCUGUGUCUGUUCACUUGGAAUAUUCAUGUUUGUCUAUUUCUCUUUGUGAAUGGUGAAGCUUUAAGGGUAUGGCUAAACAUACAGAAGCUGAUACAAGUCUCUCUCUCUGGAGAAUAUUUAAAAAAUAUACCCAACUUGCAUCUCAGGCAUUGUUUACGCUAUAUUGUAAACUCAACCUGUCAGCUAAUUUAAAGAUCAUUUGAGAUGUGUAUUAUAUUAUCUCUGUUUAAAUAAGGAAGAAUGUGGUUUUUAGUGCGGUGCUGCAAGGGGUGUGUGUGUACACAGACAGACACACAGAGAGAGAGAGAGGGGAGGUGGCUGUUUUUAAGGAAGAACAUUAAGGGUGCUCAGUCCCAUACUGAAAUGGAAAAAAAAAUUAAGUGUAGAAUUGGCAUUAUCAAGGCUGUCAAUCUAAACUUAAAGAUACCCAUAUACAGUUUAUCCUCUGUAUCAUACUCAUACUAACUUGACCAACAUGUUGCUGCUUAAUUUUGCUUGCAGCUUUUCACUUUUUUAAAACUUUGUAUAAAAAAAGUGUGGUGCUUAAAUUCCACACUUCAUUUAUACUUAACAAAAAGACAGCAUUUUGAAUGCAGUUAACUCCUCAUGUAUUAUUUUGGAACAUGCUGUCACUCUGCAGCCGCCUUCUACUCUUCUCCAUAAGAUUAGAAACCAAACCUACUUAAUCACAGAUUUUAACUACUUUUUUUCUAUCCAAUUUAAACACUGGUAUGGUGGAAGAUUGAUAUUUUAUUUUUGAGGGAUAGGUGCAAGCAAGCCUGAGAUGUUACUCUGUUUAACUUUGCAAACUUUAGUUUAUGAUCCUACUGGGGAGGGGGAGGAAAGGGAUGGAUACUCUUCCUGAAUUUUCUAGUCAAUGUGGACCAAAACAAAUUCGCUCCCACCCUAUUCCAAAUUUCUCUUAAUGUUUUUGCUGUGUACAUGAGUAGGGUUAGCUUCUCCUUAAGGAGCAAGCUCCAGAUGGAUGCUAUCGCUUGGAAAAGAGAUCUGCCCAAGAAUUAGCAAAGUGAAACUUGAAUAUGCUUCAACUGGAUUUAAGAAAAAAUUUAAAAUACCCCUGAAGGAAACAUCUAGCAACUCUAUCGCCAAGCUGGAUGCAAUGCAGUCUGUUAAAUGUUAACAAACAUGUACUAGGGCUAUUUGUUUUAAAUUGCUAUUUUGGAAGAGGGAAAUGGAAGCAACAAAUAAGAGUCUCUAUUUAGCACAGAACUCUUUCUUUCUAACUUCAUCUGUUAGGAAAAGAAUAGUAUGAAGGAUUCCACAUGGGGAAGUAAGUGAAUGUAGUGGGCAACUUAAUUAUCUUCAGCUGGGCUUUUUUUUAUACAUAUGUGGAAAAGCAAAAUAACUUUUUGUGCUUUAGCAGAGAAACCUCAAAUUGCAGGAAUGCACAAAAGAUGAGACUUUGAAGUUUUUUCCUCUAGGGGAACUGUAUUAAGGGUUUGCAGAAUUGGACACAGUUUAAUACCCAAUUUAAUUACCCUGAGUAGCCUGUUGAUUUUAAUGGGACUGCUAGCAGAAUAGUGUGCUACUUGGUGUGAGUAAAAAUGGUAGGUUAAUGGAAUCUGGGUUGAGUCUAAUUCUUGACUGUUGGAGGAAAAGCAUCUUGCUGCAUGGAACUUCAGUGUGUCACUGAACAGCUCUUGGUAAACCAACAAUAACUAGAUUAUCAGAGGGAACUGGUAAUUUACCAUACUCUUGAAAUAGCAAUUGAGACUGGUAGGUCUGUGGAUUUGAAUAGAUGCUGAGAUGUUUUACAGCAACUACUGUUCAUUAUCAGCUUUUAGAUCUUGCACUUGGAGGGUAGAACACUGUGGAUCGCAACAGAGAGAUGAGCCUAUGAGCCAUGUUUGAAUAGUGUAGAUAAGGUGUCCAGAUGUCCCGAUUUUAUAGGGACAGUCCUGAUUUUUUGGGUCCUUUUCUUAUAUAGGCUCCUAUUUACCUCCCUCACUCCUGUCCUGAUUUUUCACACUUGCUGUCUGGUCACCCUAAGUGUAGAUGACAGCCAUUACUGUAUGUGGCUGAGGCUUAGUUUUGGUAGUGUUGUGUCAAUAUGUGUAGAAGUUGUUGUUUCAAUAGGGUACUUCAUACAAAAAAAAUUCUUUUUUUAAAUGAUAAAUUCUUAGUACAUGAAAGAGUCUGUAAAAAUGGAAACUCAAGUUCGUAAGUUAUUGGAGGUGUAAUGGGGGGGGGAAUAACUCGGUAUACAAAAAUGAACAAAUCUCUCUUUAUAUGCAGGAGUUUCUGACCUUAAAGUCUAGGAGCGUAAACAGUAAAAAGCUUCGAUGGGUUUGCCCUAUAUCUAGAUGGAUACACUAGGAAGAGAAGGGGGAUAAAGAAUUCAGGAAGCCUCUUCCCCUUUCUGUAGGGACAGAGUGGCUGUGGACCAAGAGCUUCUAUAUGUGUUUUCAGGGCCUGGCUAAAAUGCUCAGUUGGGCUCAGUGGCAUACUUGGGGUGUGUAGUCUGCCAUCUCUGGGAUGUCAACAGGCACUAUCCCCUACUAACUCCGCAUACAUUUCCAUCAACAACUGGCAUUAUAGGGUUUGAUUACUGGCCCUUGAUCUAGUUUUAACGAAUGUAUUACCACCUGCCUCUCACAGGUAGGCUGGCUCAGGGACCCUUCGCUUUACUGCCACUGCUUCAGUCCUUCUUACUCUUUCCCUAGAAUGCCUCACACAGUGCCAGAAGCAUAUAUCUUGCCUCCACCUAGAUAAACAGCAGACUGCCUAGUACAGUCUCUUCCCUAGUUCCUUUGCCCCAGAUGAGUUCUUUUCUACCAAGCCCACUUUACAUGUUUCCUGCACAAUGCCCAGUGCCACGUACGCUCACACUUAUGAUCUGUGCUAAAAUUUUAACCCUGUAACAACAUGUAUAUUCCCAAAGAACAAUAACUGUAUUAGGUCUGCACUUUUAGAGAUAAGUAGUUUCAGCCAGUUGGCAGUUUCAGCAUAUUGGCAUGUGUUUGAUCAUACUUUGGAUACUAAAAUACACAGUUUACUUAGCUCUAUCUUUUUAAAUUCAAAUUUUUUCAUACUAAAAGUCCAUAUUACACUAGUUCUAAAAGUUCAUUUCCAAUAGGGAUCAAUCUAGUCCUGUCACUAUGUAGCUUCACAGAAGUAAGACAACCUAUUGUUGGAUUAAUUAUGGUAAAGUGUUGUCGUCAUAGUUGGAAACUCAGUUGAUAAAAUGGCUGAAUUCUCUCCGUGUCUUCAUAAUUGAGGCCUGGUCUACACUAUAAACUUAAGUUGAUGAAAGCCACCUUUCGUAGACUUAAUAAUGCAUGUGUCUACACUACAGUAGAACCUCAGAGUUAUGAACUGACUGGUUAACCACAUAUCUCAUUUGGAACCAGAACUACACAUUCAGGCAGCAGCAGAGAUGCAGGGGGGGGGGAACCACCCAGUACAGUACUGAGUGUUUAAAUGUAAACCACAAAAAAAAAA